GUAACAGGGGCCAUGUCAGCCGCGGCUGUGUCAGCCAUGGCCAAUGGUGUCAGCCGUUGGCGGCUCAUGCAGCCAGCCCUUCUGCUACGUGUCAGAUAAGGCGCUGACGGCCUGUCUGAAUCAACGUGGCAAGUAUGGGAGAUGGAGAGACAUAGUGAGCAUUCUGGAGGAAACUGCAAUUCAGAGACUUCGACCCAACUGCAUCUCCACAAAUGCCGCGCUCUCGGCUUUCUCGCGAAGUUCGAGGGGCCGUGGCGUGAUGCCGUGGUCCUGGACACUCUGCUACUUUCACUAUUUGGAGAUCGACAUGAUCGACAUGGUCACCUGUGGCACCGUGAUCCAUGCCCUGGGGCUUGGAGGCCUGACGCUGCCGGCUUUGAAUUUGUACGCAUCGAUGUCCAGUCGCCGCCUGGAACCCUGUAUCACCACCUUGAACGAAAUUGUCACCGCUUGCGAGCGAGGUUUGUUUGCCCGGGCGAAGAUUCCGGGGAUCGGGGCAGUCGAUGGCGUCAAGCGCUUCACUUGGGGACGUCCGCGUCAACUCGAGGCCUCCAAGCAGAUGUGGUUCUUUUUGGCUUCACGCCUUACAGCUGCUGAGCUGGCCACAGUCCUUGGUUCUUUGUGGCGCCAUCAUCACCUGCUGCAGCUCCGGGUCGCAGUGGCAGUGGGCGCAGGAGUGGUGAUGGCACUGCUCACUGAUCCCAUUGUGAAAGACCUGCUGAUUGAUCACAACUACUUCCCCUGUCCCUUCUUGCUGAUGUGGGUCCUGACAAAAGCUACUGGGCAAGUUUCAGAAAAUCUAGGGUUUGGAUCAGAUCUGUUGUACUUCCAAGAUGAGAAUCCGUCUAGGAGACACUUGUCUCGAAGCUCGCGUCUCGAAGCUCGCGAAGCUUCCAGAUCUGUUGGGUCCCCGGAGUCCCCGGCCCGCUCUGGACACUGGGAACGGACCUGUGCCAGGCUUCAGGAGAUGUGGAAACUGAGCGCAGGCAGCGAUGUUCGAGCCUACAACAUCGCGCUAAAAGCCUGUGAAGUCAGCGGCAAGUGGCGGGAGGCCUUGCUUUUGUUGAAGCUCAUGAAGAAGCGCAAAAUUGGCAUCGAUGAGGUCAGCCUGGCCACUGCAGCUGAUGCCUGCAGCCGCGUGGCCUGGACUUUGGCCCUCAAUCUCUUGGAGGAGGCGCGUGGCGGGGAGAACAUGGGAGGAGGAUCUAUGGCUGGUGAGCGCUUGGGCCCCUGGAGGAAAACGGGACAGAAAGCAGAUGCCGGACACUAUGAGGGCUUACAGAUUGGCUGCAUCUUUGAGUUUGCUGCCUACGAUGACCGGCAUCGUCAACAGGGCCGGGUGGUGGCUUGCCUGACAGCGGCAGCCCUGGAAAGCAACAUUGCUGGUGGACGAGUUUAUGAAGGACAAGUCUUAGCUGUGGAAGACGGCUACUACGAAUACUGGUUCGAAAACCUCUACGGUAAGAUCCAGGAUGCUCCAGUCACCUUCUUUCACUUCUGCGAUGUGCCGGUUGCAGUGUGCAGAAGCCACACAGCAUUCAGGGAUCCGAUUCAUGUGGACGUCUACCGACUGGUCAGUGGCACUCAGGUGGAACGUCUAAGCUGGCUGAAGGAAGACCAGAAAGCUUGGCUGAAAGCACACCCCGCAGUCAUCGGGGGGAGGGACGCUCCUGGGAGUGGGGGUCAUCCUGCUCCUGGGGCAGCACCUCCUCUGGAUGCUGCGCGUGGCGAGGUGCAGACAGGUGAAGAAGGCGUGGAAGGCUUAGCUAGGGCCUUAGGGGCUGGACAGGAUGCCAACAAACGACCUGCCAGUGAGAGAGGUGGCACGCCUGCGGAUGAGCGUCGGCAUGAAAAGAAGGAGCGAAGAGACCGGAAGCCUCACAAGAGGUCACCCUCUCCUGGACGUGAAGAGCGUGGUCGCAAGGCUGCUCGGGGUGAGGCCCAUGAGCGAGGACGAGUGGGAUUGCGUGCGGAACUUGACAAGAAGGUCCCUCCUGAACCUCGUCUUUCAGCUCUCGAGCUGGGAUCCAAGCACAAAAAGAAGAAGAAAAAGAAAAGCGGAAGCUCGAGCAGUGACCGUGCCCGUGGUCGCAGCCCCUCAUCGACAUCUAGCACAGGGUCGCUUUUUCAUUCAGCCGCCCUUCCAAGAGGCAUGGAACGCCUCCGACGCCUGCACCAGAAAAGCCCAGGAAAUCUGGCCUCCCUAAGCCUCUUGCGAAUGCAGGAGCUGGUGCAUCGAGCGCAGGGAAGGGGAACGGCAGUGGACAGCGACGAGAAGCUUCCAGCGGUUGCGAUGGGGUAUCUGGCGGGGGUCUUUCUGGUCCAAAAUCCCCCAGCAGCCGUGGGCGUGCGGAACUUGAGAGAGCUCAGAACAGUGGCGACUGUGAUAGACAUGCUUUGUCACAACGAUUCAUUGAGAGCUCUCGAUGUAUUGGUUCAGCGACUGAAAGCCUUGGAACUGGCCCACAAUCAGCAGGGUUGGUCGCAGGCCUCACAGCUGGAAUUGGUCCUGGAGGACAACCAAUCGGCAGUGUUCAGGCCAGAGCUGAAGGCAGCACAAUCCGAGGUCAAAGAAGAGUGGAAGAUACAGUCAAGGGGACGGAGACGCCAAAGACGCCCUGCCGAACAAUCAGCCGAAGGGGGGAGCGAGAAAAGGAAAAGGCAAAGGGAAGAAAGGCCGAUUUGGUCGCAAGUGAACCUGGUCGAUGGCCGUUUGGAUUUGCCGGCGUUGGACCGAGCUCUGGAGGAUCCCAACAUUAGUGAUGGUAUCCGACAGGGUUUUGACCUGCUCCUGCGGGAUAAGCGCCUGCACGAGAUCUAUGGUGGCGUCAUAGCCAGCUAUGAAAGCUUGGAUGACAAGAGACGGGUCUACAAGGACUUCACAUCACUCAUGGUAGAAUGGUGCGAUUAUUCGCCGGAUGCCAUCUUGAAAUUGCUGGAGCAUUACUAUUCCCCGUUGGCACGAGAGGGAGGCCAACUGGGUGACCGCAACUUCCAUCGGGUGGCUCCGCAUGGAAAGACAGACAGCCGUGGCCUAAAAGCUGGUCGCUAUCAGCGUGCACAAGAAGGCAAGCUGCUUGGAGUGGUGGGGUCAACCCAAGUACGAGAGAUCUUUUCUGGAUGGGAUGCCGUAGACGGUGGAGUCUAUGUUGGUGAUGGCUGCGAGUUAUUUCCUACCUCGAUUUUCCGGGAAGCCUAUGCAGACAACAUUGCGGUGGAGAAGGCAGCUCAUGUUUUGGACGGACGACCUGUGUAUGUCGAGCCCGGCGGCUUCAAUGCGGCUGCAGAGGUGAUUGACAAGUUUUCAAUCUCUGGGAAGAAGACUACCUGGACGUGGCAGCAAUGCCAAUCCUUCAUGAGACUGCAGCUGGACGGUGAGGUGACUGUCUCUUUGGUCGGGGUGGUGCUGAAGAUGGUGUUGAGUCGCUGCCCGGGACAUCUUGGGAACAUCCUUAGGAUGUUACCAGCCUGCGCUAGACGGCAAUUUAGGCAGACACCCAUCGAGCUGCUCCCUAUGAGUGUCCCAGAGGAAACUCAGGCAGAGCUGCGUCUGCAUCGGCUGCUGCUCGACAAUGAGCAGCCUCGGGCCCUGACGGAUUCAGAAAAGGCAUCAGCCCUGGAGCUCGCCAAGGAAUGUGGCAGGGAGGUAUGGCUGGGCUUGGUCCUGGCUGUCCUCAACGCCAUGUUCUGUGGUGGCUCAAGGCCCUUGGGCAGAGUGAUGCCGCAUCCCUUGAACCCCACUGCAGAGCAGCUUCAAGUGAUGGAUAAUUUCCGGGCACUGAUCAACCUGUGGAUCGAGGAUGAUCAGCAUCAACUGAAGAUCACUCCAUGGGAAGUACAAGCUCAAAAUCUGGGCGAUUUCUACACGGGAUAUGAAGUCACAAAAGCAUACAAGUUGAGCUGGGCAGCUAUUGCCCCGCAUGUGCCAGGCCCCGGAGAAGCCGGAAGGGUUGCCCUGGAGGAAACAGUCCCACCUGAGCUGAAGGACUAUGUGGUCAACCCUGACCUUCUGAGAAUUCCUGAUGAUGAGUUGGGAGAUGUCAGAUACUCAGCUCCAGUGCUUGUAGAAUCCAGCGCGGAGUACGACCUCAUUGUAAAGCACCUGGUGGAGGCUGGCAUGCUGGAACGAGAGGUCCCUAGUGAGACGGUCAAAGUCAAGGGAACCCCGAUCUACAAUGGCCUCUUUGGCGUGCACAAGGGCUGGAUCGACGAAGGCAAUGGCAACUGGCGUCGCUCCCUGCGACUCAUUGUGAACUUGAUCCCAACCAAUCUGCUGCAACGCCGAAUGCCAGAUCAAGCUUCGAAGUCAAUGGGGUAUGCACCCCUUUGGGGCAACAUGGUUCUCUUGGAGGACGAGGUCGUUCUCUCUUACGGUGAGGACGUGAAACAUUGUUUUCACAUCUUCUCCCCGGGUCCCAGGUGGCGGGGCUACUUCGUGCUGUCAAAAGAAGCAAGUGGUGGCAGCUUCAAUGACGGGGUGAAGGAGAAAGGAAGACCUCGGGUACGGCAAUAUCACAGCUUCUAUGUCGACAACUACGAUGGUUUUGUCAUCAUUGCAAGGACCGACCUGGCGGAGUAUGAGGGACGACCGUCUGACAGCCAGCUGCAGCUUAGACGGACUUUCCAGACCUGGGAUAUCGGCCGUGAUGAGAAGAAAGCGGCAGAAGGUACGCUUGAGUGGGUCAGCCUUGGAGCCGAACAGUUGGGCAUGGAAGGCCUUGUGGGAAGCUCACGAAAAUUUCGAAGGGCGGUGAUGUCAUCAUCCCUUUGCCUCCUGAUGAAAGAGGACAUGAGGACGUGUGAUCUGGAGUUGCUGUCGGUCGUUGGGAAGCACAUGCAUGCCACACAGUACUGCCGCCCUGUGGCUUGCUGUUUUGAUGAUCUUUAUAGAAACCUCAACCUGGACGAUAUCAACACCUGUGUGGAUCUGGCUGCGUACGAGGAGCUGUUGAUGCUCACUUGCUUGCUGCCACUGCUUUGGAGCAACCAGCGCACCUGUCUCAACCCGACGGUGUAUGCAACUGAUGCUUCUCCUGAAGGGGGAGGUGCUUGUCAGACAACUUGUCUGUCUGCACGUGGACGAGCCAAACUCCACCUGAUGUGUUCUGAACAUGAAGGUCGAGAAGGAGGAGCCUGUGAUGGGGUUGUGCUCAUUGAAGUCUUUGGCGGCAUGGGAGGCCUGCGAAAAGCGAUCGAACUGCUUGGGCUCCUUCCACAAGGCAUUAUCCUGAUUGACACGGACCCAGUGUGCCUGAAGUUGGCAAAGCGUCACUGCGCAUUUGUCUUGCCAGUCGACAACAUUCACAAGGUUGACAGGGCAAUGGUGAAAUCAUGGAGGCUGCAGUUCCCAAGGGCACAGAAGGUGGUGCUUGGAGGUGGAUGGCCGUGUGUGAACCAUUCUUCUCUCAACACCAAUCGUCUGGGAGCAGAAGCUGAUUCUUCCAGGCUUCUCGACGUGAUGCUGGCCCUCGCAGAGCAACUGAAACAAGUCAGCCGCCCUCUACACCUGCCCGACUGGGACAUUAUCGAGUUUUAUGAAAAUGUAGUGAUGGAUCAGCAGGACCUCACGGUGCAAUCGGACAAAAUUGGGGUCCUGCCAAUCAUGUGUGAGGCUGCUGAUGCCUUGCGUUGCCGCCGGCCACGACUCUUCUGGCUGAAGAACCUUUCCAUCAUGGAAGGAGCUGAUCUCCAACUCUUGCCGGAGCAGCAGGUAGGGAACCUGCAAACCAAGUUGACUGUGGCCAAGAUCACAACAGAAAAGCCACCGCUGGAGUGGUUUCUGCGGCGCGGCUGCACCAAGUUGAUUGAUGAUGGGCGCCCUUUCUUCACCUUCGCUCGACCCAUGCCGAGGGCAGAGCCACCACGUGAUCCAGCGGGAUACGACCGCUGUGACGCCAAAACUCUGGGUCGUUGGCGGGGUGAUGCGUAUCGUCUGGCCCCUUACCAAUAUUCAGAGGACAAUUUGGUGAAAACACCACAAGGCCCUCGACGCUUGCUCUCAGAUGAGCAACUCAGACUCUUGGGUUACAAUUCCGACGCCCUGGACCUCAAGCAGAAGUUGACUGAAGAUCAACGAGGUCAGCUGAUUGGAAACACGUUUCCUGUCUUGGUGGUGGCGCGGCUUCUGGCUGGUCUGUGUAGCACGGAUGCGCCAGAUUCUGACAUGGACCUCACGGCCGAGCUCUGGAAAAUUUGGAAAACUAAUGAAGAUCGAGUGCAACAGCUCAAGGAGGCUUCAUGGUCGACCCGAUUCGGUCCGGGGGCCAAGGGUGCGGUGUGGGGCCUCCGGCACUGCCUUUGCAGGUCUGGUCGCCUCUUGCCUUCCCCAAGGUCCCUGCUGGAUCCCAAUGAAGCACUCAGUGAUGAGCAAUUGCUGACCUAUCUCAUCACCCGCAACGUUUCACACCGAGGGACUGAUGUCAAGCUGGAUCACGGAGUCCCAUUCUCGGCAAGCGACUUCUGUCGUCGCUCGAUUGAUCCCACACACUGGGAAUGGAAGGUGGUCCUUUCGUACAAAUGGAAGCAGCCAAAUGCCCACAUCACCCAACUUGAAACUGUGGCUGUUUUGGACCUGAUGAGAAAGCUGAGCAGAACGUCAGCAAACUUUCAAAAGAAAUCUUUGCUGCUGGUGGACAAUGCCUCAGUCGUGGGCAUUCUUACGAAAGGACGCACCAGCGCCUGCAGUCUCCGACAGCCUCUUCGACGAUUGGCUGCCAUUUUGGUAGCCACAUCCACGCGCCUCGUUGUUGCCUGGGUCAAAUCAGAAUGGAAUCCUGCUGAUGGCCCAUCGCGAUGGGUCAGCAGACGCGCUAAGCAAGAUGCCUAG